GGGCAGAUAUAGAAUACAAGACGACCUCCACCCAGCCCAAUUCUGUCCGCAGCCCAGCGGCGGAGCCCCGCCCAUCUGCUACGCCACGCCACCAGCGCAGCGACUUCCUGCCCCCUUUUUGUUUCUAUUCUCUCUCUCUAUAUAUAUGUAUUGUGUAUGUAUGUAAUUAUUAUUUUGAUUCCCUUUAUACUACGCGCAACCAACGCAGCAGUGAUGGACGCAUUUCCAAGUGUCCGUGGAGACAGAUAGAUACAUUUACAUACAGCCCAGAAGGAAGGUGUAUUGUGUUUGUGUGAAUUCCUAUCGUUUCUUUGAAGCUUCCAAGUUUUUCCCCCAAAUGGGUGUGAUUGACGUGUGAUUUCUCUGCUCCGUUCGGCUGUUUUGAAGAUCUCAUCUCUACUGGGGAGAAAGAGACGAAGAAAUAUCUCGAAUUUUUACGUGGAAUCCUUUUUCCGUGUUUCGUGUGCUCUUGGGUUUUUAGACUCGCUCAUCUGUGUCGCCUUCUGGAAGUACAAGCGUUUGUUGUGGAGAACAUAGUUUUCUGAAGAUUUUAUAGUUGAUGGAUAAGGACAAGUCUCAUCUUGGUAGUGGGAGUUUGCCCCCAUCAGGGAGGUACCCUACUUUCUCGUCGCCCCAUGGUAAUUACCCUGUGAAGGUGGAGCAAUCAGGAUCGCCGAAUUUGCCUCCAUUAAUCCCGGGAAGUAGCUCAUCAGAACAGAGCCAUUUCGGGCUUGGUCUGCCAUUGAAUUCUAGCCAAUUUAGUCAUGAUAUAAGCCGGAUGCCUGAUAACCCACCCAAGAAUUUGGGCCAUCGGCGCGCUCAUUCCGAGAUUCUUACAUUACCUGAUGAUAUCAGCUUCGACAGCGAUCUGGGUGUUGUGGGUGGAUUUGAUGGGCCAUCAUUUUCUGAUGAAACUGACGAAGACUUGAUCUCAAUGUAUUUAGACAUGGAUAAGUUCAAUGCAACAUCUGCAACUUCUGCACUUCAUGCUGGAGAAUCAUCUAGUUCUAUGGCGACAGAGGCAGGUUCUUCAUCCGCCCCGGCGGCAAAAUUAGCCAACCAAUUAGCUGAUAAUGUGGCUUCAGAUUUAAGCGAGAAGCCAAGAAUAAGGCAUCAGCACAGCCAGUCCAUGGAUGGGUCAACUACUAUUAAACCAGAUAUGCUGAUGUCGGGCUCUGAGGAUCCAUCACCAGCUGAUUCUAAAAAAGCCUUGUCGGCUGCUAAGCUUGCUGAACUUGCUCUUAUCGAUCCUAAGCGUGCUAAGAGGAUUUGGGCAAAUAGGCAGUCAGCAGCAAGGUCGAAGGAACGGAAAAUGAGGUACAUAGCCGAGCUGGAAAGGAAAGUCCAAACUUUGCAAACUGAAGCCACAUCCCUGUCGGCACAGCUGACCUUGCUGCAAAGAGACACAAAUACACUUGCUGCUGAAAAUAGUGAACUCAAACUCCGUCUGCAAACAAUGGAGCAACAAGUGCACUUACAAGAUGCAUUGAACGACGCACUGAAAGAAGAAAUCCAACACCUGAAGGUGCUGACUGGUCAGACAAUAGCUAACAACGGCGGCGCAAUGAUGAAUUUUCCUACAUCCUUUGGAUCAAACCAGCAAUACUUUCCCAACAACCACCACGCCGUGAACACACUAUUAACAGCUCAGCAGCUGCAGCAACUCCAGAUCAAUUCUCAGAAGCAGCAGCAGCAGCAGCAGCCGUUGCCACAUCAUCAGUUUCAGCAGCACCCGAUUCAUCAGUUUCAGCCGCAACCACAGCCACAGCCACCUCCGCAUCAAUCUUUAAUUCAGCAGCAGCAAGAACAGCAGCAGCUGCAACAUGCCGGGGAGAUGAAGCUUAGAAAUUCCAUGGCAUCUGCCAUUCAGAAGGACCAUACUCCCGAUCCAUCAUCAUCUAAGGACUAAAUCUGGAAGCAGUCUUGCUGUCUGUCAUCUGUAUGUACUGGAAGGAUAUAUCGUAUCAGGAGGUUUGUAGAUGUCUGAAAUGAUCGCCAUGGUGGUCUGUCUUAUUAGUCGGGAGACUUCUUGUUGUUGGUAUUUUGCUUAGGUGAAAAAGACUUAUGAUACCAGCCAGCCAGCAUCGAUUCGUAGGAGUUUUACUUCAUGUGUUGUAGCCUAUUAACAUUUUUUCGCAUUGUCUUUGUCGGUACUCUAUUAUCUGGAGUUGAUCUGGUUCAUCGUCUUGUAGUCGAUAUUUUGUGGUCGAACUCUGAAUUGAUGUUGUUGAAUACAAAGUACCAUUAGGCAUGGAAUAGCAAACAUGGAAAUGUAUUUUUAUUUAUUUA